UGAUGGAGAAAGUUUGGAUGCUGGGACAGAGACACAUGCCAAUCUGAACCAUGAAGUGUAUUAUCAUCGCUUGGGUACUGAUCAGUCCGAUGAUAUAUUGUGCUGGAAAGAUCCUGAAAAUCCGAAGUGUACACGAUCAGCUUCGGUAACAGAAGAUGGAAAGGUUUACUAUGAAUCUCCCAUGAAGGAGCUGUUUGCAGAACUAGCCAUGGUUGAAAAUGAAAUAGCUAAGUUGGAAAGCCAAAUCAGCCAGCUACAAUAUGAUGUGAAUAAGGAGAAGGAAAUCAACAUUACUGAAAAAGCUAAGUCCAAACAAUUUGGACCAAAGCUGAAACAAUCUCAACAACAAGGAAUUAUCAACCGUCCUCAUAAUAUAUCUUCAUCACUUCCACCAAAUCCAAACAAAUUCAAAGGGCUAAAUGAUCAAAAGUUGCCAUUUGAGACUAAGGGUGUGUUUGCAAGUGAAGCCUUUAAAAAUUGUGUUUAUUUCUUUUCUUUUUUUAAUUUAACUGGUGGAACCCACUCAUCCCNUGCAAAUAUUCGUGGCGGCGGGGAAUAUGGAGAAGAUUGGCAUAAAGCUGGCUCCCUUUCCAAAAAGCAAAAUUGCUUUGACGACUUCAUAUCUGCUGCUGAGUAUCUUGUGACAGCUGGUUACACUCAGCCAGAGAAGUUGUGCAUCGAAGGUGGAAGCAAUGGUGGGCUUCUUGUUGGAGCCUGCAUCAAUCAGAGACCUGAUCUCUUUGGCUGUGCUCUUGCGCAUGUUGGUGUUAUGGAUAUGCUUAGAUUUCACAAGUUUACUAUAGGUCAUGCCUGGACUUCUGAUUAUGGCUGUUCAGACAAGGAAGAAGAGUUUCAGUGGCUAAUCAAGUACUCACCACUCCAUAAUGUCAGAAGGCCAUGGGAACAAUCUACUGAUCAAGAAUCUCAAUAUCCGUCCACUAUGCUACUGACAGCAGAUCAUGAUGAUCGAGUGGUGCCACUGCACUCGUUGAAGUUAUUGGCGACCAUGCAAUAUGUCCUAUGCACAAGCUUGGAGAAGAGUCCGCAGACCAAUCCCAUCAUUGGUAGGAUCGAUCGCAAGGCUGGUCAUGGAGCUGGACGACCAACACAAAAAGUGAUUGAUGAAGCUGCAGACAAAUAUGCCUUCAUGGCUAAGGUCUUGGGUGCAUCUUGGGUUGAGUAGAUGAAGUUGAUGCCAAGCAUUACUAAAUCGUAAAUUAAGAAGAUGGUGAAUGGUGAAUUUACAUGUGGUCAUAAUUUGGCUGCAAUUUCCAGAUAAAGUAUCUGUUUCCAAUUCAGAGUUCUCAGAAAUGAAUCAGGCUCUCAUCAUUGACUAUCUUUUCGGAUUCCUAUGACGUGAAGGUGCACAAGAAGGUUAAAACAAAGAUGAACAUAUUUUCAGUUUUGAAUACAUUCUUGGCCAAUUUUUGAAGCCCAUCCAUACCCUCAUACGAGAUUAUGAUAUAUGGAAUCUUUAAUUCAUGGCCCUCCUUCAACCUUCAACCUUCAACCAUCCUAUAGUUUUGCCCCUCAUGCAUUGGUUCCCAUGUGUAUGAAAAUGGUCAGCAUAAUGAUGGUUUCUCUUGAUGGAUAUCAUGCAUUUUAGCUAUUCUGAGAAAACUGAUGUAAAUGUUGCGACAUUUAUUUUAAUUUCAAUUGGAGAAAAUAUUCUUGUCAAAUGGAACUUGAUUUCUUUUGACAACCAA